GAAUCGGUAUCAGUCACCUUUGGUAACUACGAACAGUCCAAUCCGGUCCGAUCCAUCUUCAGAUCAAUCUUCACACCCCAAUCACCAUGAAAUCCUUUGUUUGCAUCGCUCUGGUCGCCUUCGCCGCCGCCGCCCUGGCCUCGCCCACCAACGUGGCGUCGACCACCGGCUCCACCGGCUCCACGGUGUCCCUGACUGCCCAGGAUGGCGAGCUGGAGGGAGUGACCGGACAAGGAUUCGGGGAUCUGACCCGUCUGCGCAAGUCCGCCUACGGCGGCAGCUCCGGCGGCUAUGGCGGCUCCAGCAUCCCAGCUCCUCCCUGCCCCAAGAACUACCUGUUCAGCUGCCAGCCCAACCUCGCCCCCGUGCCAUGCAGUGCUCCCGCCCCCAGCUACGGAUCCGCCGGCGCCUACUCCGCCCCGGUGGCCACCUACGUCGCCCCCAACUACGGCCUUCCCCAGCACCAGCAGCAGCUCUUCGGCGCUGCUUACGUGCCUCAGGGCUACGGAUACCACUAUUAAGCGGAAGCCUCUUGCGGUCUGGACUCCCGCCCACAGGCCACGAAUUCGAUUGCUGAGAAAUAUAAACCAAUUUGGAUUUACAAAAAAUACUAAAAAAAAUAUGGAUUGCAAUUAAAUCACAGAAAAGCUAA